AUAUAGGUAGGGUAGUUAAAAAAUCAUUCGUGGAUGCGGCGAGCUUUGAAUCAUUAUGUUCUAAAAUACGUGAGGACUUGAAUCGAUAAUAUCGUAAUCAAAAUUGUACCAUGAGAAAUUACGCAUUACAACGCGUACAGGAAAUUAAAUAUAUUUUUAUACGUGCAAUUGUAUACUGUACAAUUCUAUAAAAGUAUAGCAUAAGAAAUAAUGUGAAGACAAAAAAUCGUAAAUGUAAUACGUUUGAAGCUUAAAUUGAAGAUGGAUGUUCAUGGCAUUGGUAUUGUUGCUGUUUUGGGAUCUGUUGGGGCUGCAACCGGGGCUCUAUCAGCUGUAAUUGUUUAUACAAUUUGCAUUAGACGCAGACGAUUGUCCCUUCUUGUUCCAGGCAGAGGACCUCUCAAUUGGUUUGAGAAAGAUUUAUUGAAUAGAGCAGAAGAAGCAACAUGGUCAUCGAAAGAUGUGUUUGGUGGUUUAAGAUCUAAUUCUGCUUUAGAUCUAGAAAAUAAGUCUUUGAAACAAAAUGAUCGUUGUUCCGAUGAUGAAGAGUGGCAAUCUAAUUAUGUAUUUGGUAGCCUAGCAAGUGAUUCACCUAAAAAAGUUUUACAAUAUUUAUCAGAGUCGGAAGAUAUUUCGAUAUCACCUGUCAGCUCUUUUGCACCACCGUUACCAGAAGGAACAGUGGCUGCCUCUGAAAAGCACAUGAUAAUUGUAAAGUCAAAGACAAGAAGUAUAAUUGAUUCACAUUCUCGACUCAGUAGUACUGAAAUUGACACUUCUUCCUACAAGCUGUCUUCUUCCGCAUCGACAUCUUCGUCUGAUGAAAUCAGAGGUGAAUUACAAAUUGGUUUAAUUUACGAUGCAAAUGGUGGUAUUCUCACUGUUAGACUAGUCAAGGCACACGAUCUUCAUGCAAGAGAAUUAAAUGGAACUGCAGAUCCUUAUGCAAAAGUACGUCUGUUACCUGACUGGAGUAACGUAUGGCAAACAAGAAUACAUAGGCGGACUUUGAAUCCAGUGUUCGACGAGGAUUUCGUUUUUGAAAUAAUGCCCGAGUCAUCGUUAGACGGAAGAACAUUGGAAAUCCUACUUUACGACUUCGAUGCCUUCUCCAGGCAUCAAUGUUUGGGUUACGUACAGCUUCCUUUAUCUGCAGUAACCGAUCUAGAUACAACGCUUGUUCUUAUUACAAAACCAAUUCUACGGUAUGGUAUCGAGAAUGGAUUAAAAACACCAUUUAUGGGAGAGCUUAUGGUUUCCCUAUCUUAUCAACCAUCUGCAGAGAAAUUAACGAUUAUAAUUGUUAGAGCGAAAAGCUUACCUAGUCUUAACGAUACGAAAAAUGCAAAUCUGUACGUAAAAGUGAAGAUUAUUCAAGAUGGCAAAAGUAUUAAAAAAAAGAGGUCCAGCGUACAACGCGAAACCAUUAAUCCUGUAUGGAAUGAUAUCUUAAGCUUCGAUGUUGGUAACGAAGUAUUGUCCAAAUGCAUAAUAGAAUUUAUUAUUUUACGAGAAAAUGGUGAGCUUUUGGCUAAAUGCGAGGUAUCUAACAAAUGUCAAAAAGAGCUUUUUCAGCGUGUAUUAGCAGGAACAGGGGCAUCCGCGCAAUGGUUACCGCUAUCCGAACCAGAAACUUAUUGCGGUGAUACCACCGAUUUAAAAGAUUAAGAAUCUCAUGAAAAACCGUCCCACUAUGCCGGAUACUUUAACCCGUUCGCUAAUAAGAACUUAUAUCUAUGACUGUAAGUCUGCGUUUCAAAGUUAUGUUACAGAAAGAAAGAUUACAAUUACUAUUAUAUUAUUCUUAUAAGACGUAUUUCGAUCAACUUCGUGUGUUCAAGUUUGGAUAUCUUUAAAUGUUACUUCACCAUUUAUUUAUUUUAUAAUGCAAAUCUAUCAAAAGUUUUUAAUUCCUUUACAAGACUACUGUAAUUGCGAAUGAUACUAUAUACU